AUCUAAUCAACGCCAAAGGACACGGGCAAGCAUGGCGCUGACGAUCCGGCGGGCGCAGGCGUCGGACGCGACCGACCUCGCCAACUUGGCGUACCCGGACAAAACGCUCCAGCGCAUCAUCUUUGGGCGAGGCCACGUCGCCGCGCUCAUCGAGACGUCCUUCUUGGCACUGACGGCCGAAGCGCUCGACGGGUCGCUCGUCGCCUUCCUCGUCGUCAACGACAGAGCGCCGAGUGAGCUGGCCGAAGACGUCGACUACCUCGACUACGUUCUGCAGCACUACGCCAUGGAGACGCCGGACGCUGGUCUCGUGACGCUCUCCGCGCAGCGCACGCUCUUCCUGUCGUACUUUGUCCAGGCGACCAUGGACCACGAAGUCUUCCGCGACAUGCUUUUGACCGUCUACCAGCUUCUCACGCACGUCGAAUGGCUCGUCCUCCCGAUUCCGUCGUCGGUUGAACCGCCAGAGGUGUUUCUCGGGGUCUUCUUCAAGGCGACGCGGACAUCGUCACUGCAGACCGAGGAUGACACGUAUGCAAGCUACGACGUCUUCUUGUCGCACGCCAAGACGCAUUUGCCAAGCGUGCACGUGCGGAAGGCCAACAUUGAAGACCACGACGACCUCGAGCCGAUCCUCGUGUCCCAAAACCAUGCUUUUGGUGACUACUUCUUGGCCGAGCUCAUUGCGUCGCAGACAAAUCACAGUGCGUGCCUUGUCGCCGAAGACAACGGCCGCGCCGUCGGGCUCCUCGCCGCCACCGACGAAGUGGACCUCGCCGUUCUCCGCGACUCGUUUGACCUCGCCGUGUACAACGACUUGCUCAAGCCCAUGGCGGCCUCCCAGCUGCGGAAGUCGCCGUCGCGUCUCCAGAAGCUUCUAAAGCGUCGCACGAGCCCCAAAAUCGUCGUGUUUGGGCCGCCAGGCUGCGGCAAGUCGACGCAAUCGGACCACCUCGUGGCCACAUACGGCGUCGUUGCGCUCUCGCCGAUCGCACUGGCGCACGCCGCGGGCCGUCGGGCGACACCGCUCGGCAAGAAAAUCCAGCGCCACCUGGACCGCCACGAAGAGCUGCCCAACGAGAUUCUCCUGGACCUUGUCUCGAGUCGAAUCCAUGAUACUGACUGCGUCACCCAGGGCUGGGUCCUGGAUGGGUACCCCACCUCGGAAGCGCAGGUGUGGGACCUCCUCAAACGCGGCAUCAAGCCGGACGUUGUCAUCGUGCUCCACGUGCCCGACGACGCGAUGCACAAAACCAUGUCCCCGGACGACGUUGCCCGCUUUCAUCUCCAAGCCGCGUCCGUCCUCAAGUGCUACGCCAAGGAGACGGCCCUUGUGACCGUCGACGGUAGCCUGGACCGUGAUGCCGUUAGUUCCGCGAUCGCCCAUGCGCUUGGGGCGUCCGACAAGACGAAGGGCUUCCAGAGCGUCAAGCAGCGACAGCAGCUGAGCCGAGACCCGUGCGGACCACCCAAGUUCGUCAUCUGCGGCCCGCCCGCAGGAGGCAAAGGCACGCAGUGCGAACUCCUCGUGCGCGAGUAUGGUGUCGUACAUCUAUCGACAGGCGACAUGCUCCGGUCGGCGAUCCAAGCUGGCACCGAGGUCGGGUUCAAAGCCAAGGCCUACAUGGACGCUGGAGACCUCGUGCCGGAUGAGCUCAUCGUGCACGUCAUUCUCGACCGGCUUCAAGAGUCGGACUGCACGAGUCAAGGGUGGCUCCUCGAUGGGUUCCCGCGCACCGCGGCCCAAGCAGAAGCGAUGCUCAGCGAAGGCAUUGUGCCGCACCUCGUGAUUGUCCUCGACGUGCCCGACGAUGAGGUCGUCAAGCGCAUCUCUGGUCGGCGCGUGGACCUCGAUACGGGCAAGACGUACCAUUUGGUCUUCAACCCGCCACCAUCCGAGCUCAAGGACAAGGUCGUCCAGCGCUCUGACGACACGGAAGAGACCAUCCGCGUCCGGUUGGCGACGUUCCACGCCAACUGCGGCGCCGUCGUCGCCGCCUUUCACGCCACAUCGACGAUUUUAAACGUCGACGGUAUGCAACCGAAAGAUAUCAUUGCGUCCGAGAUCACGGCCGCGCACCCCAAGCCCAAACCGCCCCCGAAACCUACGGUCGCGACGGCGACGGGGCCACCAAAGCUCUUGAUCUGCGGUCCACCGGCGGGCGGCAAAGGCACCCAGUGCGAACUGCUCGUCAAGGAGUUUGGCGUCGUACAUCUCUCGACUGGCGACAUGCUCCGGUCCGCAAUUUCUGCCAACUCGGAGCUAGGCCUCACGGCGAAAAGCUACAUGGACGCUGGAAAGCUCGUGCCUGACGAGCUCAUCGUCAAGGUGAUUCUCUCGCGCCUCCAGUCGCCCGACUGCAGUAGCAAAGGGUGGCUCCUCGAUGGAUUCCCGCGCACCGCCGCUCAAGCCCAAGCAAUGCUCGCGUUGGGCAUCGUACCUGACGUUGUCAUCGUGCUCCAAGUCCCCGACGACGAAGUGGUCGGGCGUAUCUCAGGUCGCCGCGUCGAGGUUGCGACCGGAAAAACGUACCAUAUCGUGUUCAACCCGCCACCCCCCGACGUCAUCGUCGUGCAGCGCUCCGACGACACGGAAGAGACGAUCCGGGUUCGUCUCGGAACGUACCACGAAAAUUGCGGCGCCGUCGUCGACUGUUUUCAGGCACAGUCGACAAUCUUGUCGGUCGACGGCCUCCAGCCCAAGGACGCGAUUGCAGCCAAGGUCAUUGCCACCGUGAACGCGGUGACGAACCCGCUCAAGGCGCCGCCGCUCAAGCUCAUCAUCUGCGGCCCCCCCGCGGGCGGCAAAGGCACCCAGUGCGAAAAGCUCGUGGCCCAGUACGGCGUCGUGCACAUCUCGACUGGCGACAUGCUGCGCUCGGCUAUCGCUGCGGGCACCGACCUUGGGCGCAAGGCCAAGGGGUUCAUGGACCGCGGCGAGCUCGUGCCGGAUGAUCUCAUCAUGGACACGCUUCUGGAUCGUCUCACGCAGCAAGAUUGCGUAUCGCGCGGCUGGCUCCUCGACGGCUUUCCCCGCAACGAGGCUCAAGCGCGGGCGCUCGUCGCCUCUGGGAUCGUGCCAGACGUUGUUUUAGUGCUGGAUGUGGCCGACGAUGAAGUCAUCCAGCGCAUCUCUGGUCGCCGCGUUGACGUGGCGACGGGCAAGACGUACCAUGUGGUCUUCAACCCGCCGCCGCCAGGUGUCAACGCCGUCCAGCGCUCGGACGACAACGAGGCGACCGUCAAGAUUCGCCUGAAAACGUAUCAUCUCAACGUCGCGGCCGUGCUCCGCGUGUUUGCGCCGCUCUCGCAUGUCGCGAGCUUCAACCAGCCGUCGACGACCGAGAUGACGUUUGCGAUUCUUCGCACGAUCGAGGACACGCGCGCCAAGGUCGACGUGCAAGGGAAUGCGUUCAUCGUCACGCUUUUCUGCGUGGAUACGCCGUACACGUCCAUCUCGAGUGCCUUCUUGCGCCCCGCGUUCGCGCUCUUCCAGCACAAAGAGUACUGCGUCGUGACGCUUCCGCCGGGCGUCGCGCCGCCGCUCUUCCUCGCGCCGUUUGCCCUCGUGCCAGCGAAGCCCACGAGCACGUACUCGCACGUGCUGUACCUCUUGCACCGAGACGCGGUCGUGUUUCUCGCGCCAGAGGUGCCCCACGUCCUUCGCAUCGCUCGCUUUCGCAUGACCGAGCCGUGCGACGCGCUGAGUGCGCUCGUCGAGACGCUCUCGCCAACGUCGAUUGCGGACAUUGAGACCGACAUGGCGCUGGCGGCCGAGGAAGACGACAUCGACCUCGAGGACAACCCCAAGCAUGUGCUUUUUGUUGCGCGCCUCCAUGGGACCGUGGUCGGCCUCGCAUCGCUCGCGCGGGACAGCGACGUGACGUCCGGUUUGAAACACUUUUUCGACGUCGAGCAGUUUGUGUCGCUGACCCACCACCGCGCGAAGGACCAAGCGAUGCUAUCGCACUUUUUACUCAACCCAUUGUAUGCGGUCACAGGGCCUUUCUUUCUGCAGGAAAUCAUGCGCCUCUUCCGCAAGACGUGUCUCUUUGCAAGCGUGCCCCGGCGCGGCCACGUGAGCCCGCUUGUCGCGGAGAGCUUUGUCCUCGCGCCCGCGCGCCGUCAAGUCGUUACCUCGUCCGACACACCGAUGGCGCUCACGCGUCUAUCGUCCAACGCACUCUAUUUCUUCACGAAACGACUCCUCUCCGAGCCCAAGACUCUGGUGACAGCACGCAUCGUCGUCGUGGGCGCCUCGGACGCCGGCCUCACGGUUCUCAAGCAGCUCCUCGGCGUACCGUACCUACGCUUGACCAACGUGACGCUGGUGGCGCCCCACGGACUGGAGGUGCCGGCGCCUGACGUCGCGCCGUUGGCACCGCCCAGCAUCUACUCGCCGACAGACCUCGACCAGACCGGCAUUCCUACACACGUCCGCGUUGUGACGAGUCGCCUCGUGCAGAUCGACCGCGCGGCCAAAGCCAUCGUGCUCCUCGACAACUCGUGUCUGCCGUACGACUUGCUCGUGCUUGCAACGGGGCUCACGGACACCGUCUUGCCGUCGCUCCGACUCGUGCCCGAGUACGACGGCGAAAGCUACGUGGUGCCACCCGUGCCCCGGGGCGUUGUCGUCCUCGAGGAUGCGUCCUCGGCGAAAAAAGUGCACGAGACCCUUCGAGCGUGGAAGCGCGCCAAGAAGAUCGGGCGCGUCAUCGUUGUCGGCACGAGUGCGUAUGCAGCGACGCUCGUACACGCAGUUCGCGACAAGCUCGGCGCGAGCGCCCAGAUUUCGUGGCUGUGCGCCGGUGCGGUCGACGACGACGGUCGCAUCCGAGAGCACGUCGAGUCCAUGCAGCCGACGCUCAUCGUUGGCAUCACCAACCUCGUCGCGCCCAACGGCGUGCUUGAAGGCAUCACGAUCCAGCCGCCGACGCCCAAUGAGGUCGAUGAGAGCGGCGCGCCCCUGCCCGUACCCCCCGUUCGAAUGCUGCCAUGUGACCUGCUGCUCUGCUGCGACCGCAACGACGUGGACCCGGAUGCGUUCCGCGCCAUCAACGACAGUGGCCUCGUCUUUGAUGGUCGGCUCGUCGUGAACGCGUCGUUCCAGACGUCCGACCCGUGCAUCUACGCAGGAGGCAGUCUCUGUCGCUUCUCCCGGCGCUUCCCAAAGGCGCUGUACCAGCAGUGUUACAGUGCGCGCGAGUGCGGCGAGCUCCUUGCCAAGUCCCUCUUGCGCGUGGUCGACCCGAUCGUGGGCGCGACGAUGGACCCGACGCCGUCUGGUGGAUCCGAUGCGAGCAAGCCGCGUCCACCACCGGCGUUUACGCAGCCCAAGAUCGUUGUGGGCCACUGGACGGGGGACUUGCAUUAUGUUCGUAUCCAGCUCCCGGACGUCCCAACGUCGUUCAAAUCGCUUGCGACCGAGAACCGCGAGAUGCAAACCUACUGUUGCUUGCAGUUCGACGACUUUGGCGUUCUCUCUCGACUCACCUACCUCGGACGCGACGCGGUCAAUGUGACCAACCUCGCAUGCCUUGUGGGACUGCACGAAGCGUACCUCAACUGCGCCAUCUCGUCGUUCCACCAGAAUCUGGUCACGGACUGGAUCGAGUUUUUCAGCCAGAAAUGGGCCAUCGCCGUGUACCACGACCGUUUUCUCGACUUUUGCAGCAAGCUCACGGCGGCGUCGCAGUACGACGAAGGCGUGCGAUUGGCGAUCGACAGCGUCCACAAGCAGUUUAAAGAUGGCGGCGACGUCAUGGCGGCCAUGGCGCUCGCCCAGACCCAAGUAGGUCGCGGCGGCGCCAGCCUCGCGCCGACGACCAAGAAGAUGCUCGAGCUCAAGCUGCUCGAGCACCUCUCGGUCAACCGCGACGUGCUAACCAUGUACUUUUUACCCCGCGCCGCCAAACCGCCGUCGUAG